AUGGCUAACGUGACCGCUUCUCUGAACUACAAAGACCCGCUGAACAUGACGGUUUCGUGUAUCCUGCUUGUCGUGAGUUUCGCUCAGAUUACAGAACACCUUAAUUUUUUUAAGAUCGGAGUGUUCGGAGUGGUUUGCAACAGCUCAAUUGUGCUCGUUUUCUACAAAGAACGAUCCGAACGGACCUCGUUUAAUCUGAUUUGCGUCUUCAGAGCUCUCUCCAAUAUUUACAUCUUGGCCACCACGUUUCUGGCGCUUUUCCUUCCGAAAACCCUUUUGUUAGUUGAUAUUUCUCUGACCUAAUCUUUUUGCAAUUCAAUUAUCUCAGAGGUUUCUCCCCGUACUCUCCCGCAUUGGAGUGCUGGCUCAUUCACAUUUCCAACACUCUGUACAUGGGCAAUGAGUAUCAAAUCAUUCUGGUGGCCUGCAAUCGGUUCAUUGCCAUGUUUCUUCCGUUCUAUUAUCACAAACUGUGCGGCUUCUUCACCACACUCGUUCGUAGAUUUUAAACUCUAAAAAUCGUUUGAUCACUUCUUCAUUUUCAGUUCAUUCUUCUGGCUAUUUACAUCUUCCGGAUUGCUAUCGUUAUCUACGAAACUGCUCCACAAGUCGGUCAGUUCGCAUCUUUUUCAUAAACAUAGUUCCCAUCACUUUUUCAAGGAGAGGAAUGUUACACAUUCUACUCAAUCGAUGCUCUUGCGUGGGUCUAUAGUCCAGAACCAAGAUGUUAUGUAGAGGACAAUAUCUUAACUGUGAUAUCAGCCACUUUCGUUAUUAUGACUGCUAUCAACGUGUCUACUUUGAUAAAAAUUAUCAGAUUUUACAGGGUAAGAGAUUCAGAUUGGAGAACAAAGUUUAAGGCGAUGUAUCUCAGCUGCCUGUUGAGAUAUCAAAAAGUUGUCAACGCAUAAAAUGUACAAAAUGUCUUAGUGAACAACUUUUAAGUUGACAUCUCCGCCGGCAACUCAAAUAUAUUCCUUUGAAAAAGUGUCCUACUAUUUUACUGUCAAUGUACUUUCAGUCAAAACAAAUCGAAGACCGAGAAACGAAAAAGCGGAUCCGCCGGAACGUGUUUCUGUUUAUCCAGACAGCUCUUCAGGACUCCCUCUACCUCAUCGACCUUUCGUUUAUGAUCAAACUCAGCCAACUGAGCGACGCCCGUUUCUGGUCGUAUAUCAGCGGCAACUUUGUUUGGCAAUGCCUUCAUUCCAUUGACGGGUAAGUUUGUUUUUUGCUUCCACUGACUAAUGCUCCCUCCAAUUCUGAUGUUAUUUUGUUAUGGGACCAAUUUCUAAUUAUGCGUUACCAAUAGAAAAUAUGUAGACUUUGAGUCCAAAAUGGCUCCAUAACUUUUGGCCGUUUUCUUUUCGUCUGUAAUUUUCAGGUUCAUCAUGAUAAUGUUCAACGAGCGACUUUCACUGCUCAAAAAACAGUUUUUGGCUUCGUCACAAACGAGUGCGGCUCCGCCCAAAAUGACAAUUUCGGCGAUGCCAGAAGUCGGCUGA